CCUUGUGGAAAGAGGAAGAAUAAAAGUCAUUCACAGUUUUGGAUUUGUCUUUUGUCUCUUCGCAAAAUUAAUUUUUCUGCCUUCAAUUUUUUGUUAAGUCACGCUACAUUGCGUAGUGUUUUGAUUAUCAGCUGCCUUUUGCCUUGAAAUUGAUGGUCGUCAUCGUCAGCUUCAGUUAAAUAGGCAAAAAGGAAGUUAAUGCGAUCUUCUUGAUCAUUGAUAUUUCUCUAGCAGCUUUACAAAUUUUUCGAAGUUUCAGUGUAAUAUUUGUUCUUUUUUAAAAUGUCUAAGGAAAUUAAAAAAUACAGUCUAGAAGAAAUCGCGGAUCAUCAUGAUAAGAAAUCUACAUGGAUUUUAAUUCAUGGCAAUGUUUACGAUGUUACUAACUUCCUUGAAGAGCAUCCUGGGGGAGAAGAGGUUCUUUUAGAUCAAGGAGGGAAGCAUGCUACAGAAGCAUUUGAAGACAUUGGCCAUUCUACUGAUGCUCGUGAGCUUAUGAAACAGUAUAAAAUAGGAGAAUUGUGUGAUGAAGACAAGCAGAAAAUUACAGAUAUUGAGGAAAAGAAUCAUUGGCCUGUAAAUGAAAAUGAAGCUGGAGCAUGGAAAAGCUGGGUUCUUCCAAUUUCAGCUGCACUUCUUGCAACUUUACUUUAUCGAAUUUACUUUUCAUACUUUGUUUGAGCAACUGAACUUGUGCUAUCAGAGUUAAAAGGCUAAACUUGUACAGAUUUGUUAAAAGUGUUGCAUGCAUUAAAUUUUGCUUUUGUUCCAUUAAUAUUCAAUAAAUGAUGUGAAAUGUUA